GUGGCUGCAGGCUCGUACCUGGCGGGGGCCUUCUCUUUAGCCGACGUGGUCGCCUUCCCAAAUGUUGCCUACGCCUUUCGUUUCGGGCUGUCUGCGGGAAAGUACCCCAAACUGGCCAAAUACUACCGGCUGCUGAAGGACAGAGCCAGCAUAAAGAGCAGCUGGCCCCCACACUGGCUGCCCAGCCCACAGGGGUACGACAUCUUGAAGGAUCUCUGAAAACUGCUUUGUUCUGGACUUUGUUCAACUGUAAAUGGAAUAAAACUUUUUUUUUUUUUUACAGA